AUGGCAAUGCCGAAUAACAUACGCUUAUGGCUCUUAUUGGCUCCUCUUAUACCGUCAAUUAUUGUCAGCAUCUUCAAUUUAUAUCAUCUAUUGAAAGAUAAAGCUCUUCGAAAUGCCCUCAAUAAUCAUGUUAUCAUCUGUCUUUUGUCUUGUGGAUUGUUUAUCGAAGUAACAGAUGUGACUUGGCAAGUUCAUUAUUAUCGUACAAAUACUGUUCUCAUUGCUACGCCAAGUUUUUGCCUUGCUUGGACAUACAUUCGAUCGAUCUUUUUAAUUGCUUCUUUCCUAUUCAUGGCCUGGGGUUCCAUAGAACGACAUAUUCUCAUAUUUUAUUCAAAUUGCUUUUCAACGAAAACAAAGCGGCUGUUCUUUCAUUAUUUGCCCUUAUGCAUAUGCUUCAUAUGUCCGUGUAUAUUCUAUGCUAUCGUAUUAUUCAUUCUACCUUGUGCAGUUCCAUACACAUAUGAUUCUUGGAUGUGCAAUCGUUAUUCAUGCUACAUUCGAACGCGAUCGGCAGCUCUAUGGGAAAGCAUCAUUCAUUUUAUAUUACCGGCAUUCAUUACCACUUUCUCCAGUAUUGUUUUACUUAUUCGGGUCAUCAACCACCGACAUCGUAUUCAGCAAAGAAUUACUUGGAGAAAUUAUAAAAAGCUAGCCAGUCAAUUGCUGCCAAUCUCAGCUAUCUAUUUAAUAUUCGACUUGCCACCAAUGACUUUGUACGCUGCAUAUUCAGCGGGUCUUUCAUGGAGCUUCGCAGCAGAUUAUUUUUCGGAUGGAUUAUUUCUUCUCUAUUGGAUAAUCUUUCUCGUCCCGUUUGCAAGUGUCAUGUCUUUACCUGACAUACGAGCGAAAUGUAAAGAUGCAAUUUUUUUCUGGCGAAGUAAACGUGUGACUAUGCCGGUAGCAAUGACAACGGCUCGUACGAUACCUGGCAAAGCAAACGCACAGCGCACUCGACCCGCAGCAUUAGCCAAUGGAAAACAAUAG